GUUAAUUUCUCUCCGUUUUGUGAUUCCUGGGCGCGCACAGUCUGCCGAGAACCACAAGCCUACCACCUUCAAUGACGGUGGAACAUGUCCUAUGUUCCCUUUCAAGAUGCCAGGUGUGCCGCGCCCCCCUUCUACUACCACCAUCAUCACCGCUCCCACGUCCACUCUGUCCGCGCUCCAUACGACCACUCCAGCCGCCCUUCCUUCGAAAGACCGACACACAACCGCCCCUCCUUUGACAGACCGCCUCACAGCCGCCCCUCCUUCGACCGACCGCCUCACAGCCGUCCCUCCUUUGACAGACCGCCUCACGCCCGCCCCUCUUUUGAUAGACCACCGCACAGCCGCCCCUCCUUCGACAAAGCACCGCACAGCCGCCCCUCCUUCGACAAAGCACCGCACAGCCGCCCCUCCUUCGAAAAAGCCCCUCACAGCCACCCAGUGUACGAGCGCCCCUCCAGAGAACGGCCAGGCCACGAGCGCUGGAACCCCCGUGUACGCGUGAGCCCCGCAAACACCGUCUACAUGUUGGACCAGGAGGAGGUUCACCCGCUCCUGAUGCGGGAGCGGCGCUCGGAGACGCACAGGAACAAGCUGCUGCGCAGGACCGUGAGCGUUCCAGUGGAGGGACGCCCCCACCCCGAGAUGGACAACCGGCCCCGCAGGAAGAGCAUCGCCACAGGGAAGCAGCCCAGCAUGGACGUGUCUCCCACUGCCCCUCUUCAACCCUUCCGACAAUCCGUGAGUAACCUCCCCUGCUCCCGGCCCCGCUCGCUGCCCCCCACCCUGUCCUUUGGCCCCUCCUCUGCCCCGGGCUCCCGACGCUGUAGCGGGAUCCCUCCGCACCCCUACCCCCCGACACUGUCCGUUGCCCCUCCGCCCGGGUUGUACCAGCAUAGGGCGUCCUCCUCGCUGCCCCUGCCCUCCUCCCUGUCGUUCAGCCUUCCCCACACGCCCGCCCCCACUAUCAUUGCGUCUCACUGGGCGGCUGACAGCUUGGGGCCUGAGCUGGGAGGAUCCUAUAUCGCACCAUUACCACCUGUGGAGAGCUUCCUCAGUAAAAGGCUAAAGGGCUCCAUCAAACGCGCCAAGAGCCAGCCCAAACUGGACCGAUCCAGCAGCUUUCGCCACAUGAUCCUCCCCCGCUUCCGCAGUGCCGACCAGGAGAGGACCCGUCUGAUGCAGAGUUUCAAAGAGUCCCACUCCCAUGAGUCCUUGCUGUCCCCGAGCAGUGCAGCGGAGGCGCUGGACCUCACGCUGGAUGAGGACGCCAUCAUCAAACCUGUCCACUCCAGCAUCCUGGGACAAGAGUACUGCUUUGAGGUGACCACGGCAUCAGGAACCAAGUGCUUUGCGUGUCGCUCAGCUGCCGAGAGGGACAAGUGGAUCGAGAACCUUCAGAGAGCGGUCAAACCCAACAAGGACAACAGCCGGAGAGUGGACAAUGUGCUCAAACUGUGGAUCAUCGAGGCCCGUGAGCUUCCCGCCAAAAAGCGCUACUACUGCGAGCUGUGCCUGGACGACAUGCUGUACGCCCGCACCACCAGCAAGCCCCGCACCGACACUGUGUUCUGGGGGGAGCACUUCGAGUUCAACAACCUGCCCGCGGUCCGCAACCUGCGCCUCCACCUGUACAAGGAGACCGACAAGAAGAGACGCAAGGAAAAGAGCACUUACCUGGGCCUGGUAAGCAUCCCCAUCUCCAGCAUCACGGGCCGGCAGUUUGUGGAGCAGUGGUACCCGGUCAUCCAGCCCAGCGUUCUGACCAAAGGUGCAGGAGUGGGUGGGGCCAAAAUCAUCAAUGCAUCGCUACGCCUCAAGUCCCGCUUCCAGACCAUGAACAUCCUGCCCAUGGAGCUGUACAAGGAGUUUGCCGAGUAUGUCACCAACAACUACCGCACGAUGUGUGCCGUGCUGGAGCCCGUGCUGAGUGUCAAGAGCAAAGAGGAGGUGGCCUGUGCGCUGGUGCACAUCCUCCAGAGCACAGGGAAGGCCAAGGACUUCCUCUCGGACAUGGCCAUGUGUGAGGUGGACCGCUUCAUAGACCGAGAACACCUUAUCUUCAGAGAGAACACUCUGGCCACCAAAGCCAUAGAAGAGUACCUCAAACUGAUAGGACACAAGUACCUCAAGGACGCAAUAGGAGAGUUCAUAAGGGCCUUAUACGAGUCUGAGGAGAACUGUGAAGUGGACCCCAUGAGGAUCCCUCCCUCAGUGCUCCUGGACCACCAGGCCAAUCUGCGCAUGUGCUGCGAGCUGGCCCUCUGCAAGAUCGUCAACUCUCAGUGUGUGUUCCCGCGGGAGUUGAAGGAGGUGUUUGCGUCCUGGCGGGUGCGCUGUGCGGAGCGUGGACGGGAGGACAUCUCAGAGCGUCUCAUCAGUGGCUCUCUCUUCCUGCGCUUCCUGUGUCCUGCCAUCAUGUCCCCAUCACUCUUCAAUCUGACCCAGGAAUACCCUGACGAGCAGACGUCACGCACCCUCACGCUCAUCGCCAAGGUGGUGCAGAACCUGGCCAACUUCUCGAAGUUUGGCACUAAAGAGGAGUACAUGUGCUUCAUGAAUGAGUUUUUGGAGAUGGAGUGGGGUGCCAUGCAGCAGUUCCUGUUUGAAAUCUCCAACCUGGACAGUGUGAGCAGUGCAGGGGGCUUUGAGGGCUACAUCGACCUGGGCCGCGAGCUCUCCAUCCUGCACAGCCUGCUCUGGGAGGUCAUGGCACAGCUCAGCAAGGAUGCUAUCAUCAAACUGGGUCCAUUGCCCCGCCUCCUGAAUGACAUCAGCAUGGCUCUGCGUAACCCACACCUACAGAGGCAGCCCAGUCAUCAGGACCGCUUGUCCCGGCCAAGCUUCAACCGGGGCAUCUCCUCCGACUUUCACAACCUCAUGAUGAGGGACCUCAACAGCUCUGUAGACAUCACUCGCUUGCCUUCCCCCACCUCCACUGGAGGAAUGAUGCCAUCCCGCUCGCAGAUGAGUUUUCAGGAGCGUGACCUUCAGCGGGCAUCGUCCAAAGACAUGUUUUAUAUGUCCCGCCCCCCCCUGGCCCGAUCCAGUCCAGCCUACUGCACGAGCAGCUCCGACAUCACAGAGCCCGAUGCCAAGGAUUCCCGAAUGAACAGCGUGUCUAACCUGCAGUCGGUGGACAUGCUCAACUCCUCCCAGGCCUCCAUCGCGGGUAUGGGCAGCUUCGGAGGGCUGAGCAGCGGGGGUGGCCUGGGGUCCGGGCUUGGCUCUGGGCUUGGCUCCGGUCUGAGCCAGCUGCGGGCCGGUGGCAGGCUGUCGGCUGGCUCUGGCUCCAGUAUGUCGGGGGGCCUCCGCUUGGGCCAGCUGAGCCAGAUGGGCACCACCACCGACUCACUGUCCCAGCAGCAGCAGCAGCAGGCCGCCGCCAUGCGCUACCCGCUUUCCUUCCAGAACCCCCUCUUCCACCUGGCAACUGCUGACGGCCCUCAACACCAGCACAGCCGGGCCCCCCCAGCGCCGCUGCUCCUGGCCCCAGAGCCGGAUGCCUCUCACCAGUCCUACAUCCCACAGUUCGCCCAUGGGGGGUUCUCCCGCAGCGAGGACCUGUCCACCCUCCGGACCAGGGACACCCAUCUUGGCCAGCCCAGCAUCAUCCACUCCCACAGCUAUAGUGACGACUACAGCCGCGCAGACUUCGCCCGCAGGCAGUUGUCCAUGCACAUGCAGGAUAACCUUCAACAGAUGGGCAUGACUUCUCAGACCGGGACGUCCCACUCCUCUCUAGCCACCACACCCCCCUCCACAGUGCAGCCUAUGAGGCAGAGCUCUGUUGCCCCACCCCCUGCUCAGCGCAUGAAAUCUCAGACGUCCCACCAGCUGUCGGUGAGCUCGGCCGCAGCUCCGACCCCCGCCAAAACUCGCCCCCCGAGCGCCAAUCUGCUGCAGUCUCCAGAGUCGGCCUAUACCCGACAGCACUCCCGCCAACUGUCCGUCAAAGACAACACUGCCCCGGGCCUGCCCCACCAGCAGAGUUCAGCCCGGGAGAGCCAGAGCCCCCAGGGAACCACCAGCCCCAGUGGCCAACACUCGCCUCAACAGCAGCUGCCCCAGAAGCAUCUGCUCAAACCCAGCAUGGCCAAACCGGUCUCCCAAACUCCACAGACCCUUAGUGCUCCUGCAAAUGAACGCACUGUGGCCUGGGUGUCCAACAUGCCACACCUGUCGGCGGACAUCGAGAGCUCCAGAAUUGACCGUGAAGAGUUCAAACUGAAGGAGUACUCCAAAAGCAUGGACGAGUCCCGCAUGGAUAGGGUAAAGGAGUAUGAGGAGGAGAUCAACUCUCUGAAAGAGCGUCUGAUCAUGUCCCACAAGAAGCUGGAGGAGUACGAGCGCAGACUGAUGAGCCAGGAGCAGCAGACCAACAAAAUCCUGCUGCAGUACCAGAACAGGCUGGAGGACAGCGAACGGAGACUGAGGCAGCAGCAGGUGGAGAAGGACUCCCAGAUCCAGGGCAUCAUCAGCAGACUCAUGGCUGUGGAGGAUGAGAUCCGAGGUGGAGCCGUCAUUGAACCAAAAAGCCGGAUAUUCCCAGAGCAGGAGGCCCAGCUUCCCUCCAUGGGUUCAGCAGACCCCGGUGUGAGGCACUCUGACGGGGGAGCACCCGGAGCAGUGAGCCAGCCUCCUCGGACAUCAGCGGGCAGUGCCUCCGACUGCACCCCCCAUAAUGGAGUCCCUCCCUCUGUGCCCACGCCACUCCAACAUCACAGUCCAAACGGAGAGCUCCAUGGCAACCAAACACCCUCCCCUGUAGCAACCAGGCAGACUACAACAACAAGCAUUGCAAAGAAGUGUCCAACGCCGCGCUGAGCCAGUCAGAGAGAGACUGUCCGGACAUUUCAAAGGGCUCACACACUGGGGGUUCCAUAGCUGUUUGUCUUGCAGGACAAGACACUGCCCCCUGCUGUAUGGCUUGUGUGCUGCAGCUCUAUCAAUAUAUGCAGAAACAGCCUUCAAGUGCAAUGGAACAGCAAACAAUCAUAUGCAAUGCAGCUGUAGGGGAGAUGGGUGCACUUAGAAGACACACAGAGUCGUGACUAAAUGCACACUUUGUCACUGUUCACGAUCCAUCAUGAAGUCUUUUCAUGAAGCUCUGUCAAAGUGACACUUUGUUCAGCACCAUGUGUUGGUAGAGUUUACAGCAACAUCAAUUUAAAUUAUAUUCAGCUGAAUUCAAACAAAGUGCAACUGGACCCCUUAGAACAUGCACUCUGAACCAGGAUCCUGGUCAGGGGCAGAGUUGGACCCACUCAAGUUCUAAACCAGGAUUCUAGUUAGCCUACAGUGCCUAUGUGGAUAGGCAUCAAUGAUAUACAGGUUUCAUAUAAUAAUAAAAACCUAUGUAAUAGGCCAUUAAAAGAAGCGCUGAAGUAUCUAUAUAGUAAUACAUCUGAUAUGGAGGUAUGUUAUUCUGUUUGUGUGUCAUCACCAUGAGUGAAAUGGCAGUGCAGUUGUCCAGUGCCUUUGGCUGAUAGCACAUGCCUGACUGCAGUGGACUGUGCUCACACAGGGGCUGAAGGAGAGGCUAAGGACUCCAAGCUGCUUUUUCUCUUCUCAAUCUCAGAACCAACAUGUGACCAACUGGUGCUAAACACGACGGGACGGUGCAUCGUCAUCAGUGUGUCUGCUCUGUCCUGUGUGUCUCUGUGUGGGCUCCUUCACAUGGAUACACCUCUCACUUACUCACAACAGCACAACAUCAUGUUAGCGUAUGCAUUAUGUUUAAAGAUACAUGAAGAUACAUGGUCUUUAUAUAUUUGAUAUAACACUCACACACAUGACAGUAUGUGUACCUCCUGUCCUGUUCUCUGGUUAAUGCUCUGUGUAUGGCUGUGUGUGUAGCACUGCCCUGGUCUGUGCCUCAGGUCUUCUGUAUGUCCCAUGUUUCUGAUGUGUCUAAUGUAUCUGAUGUCACUGUGUUGUGCGUGUGGGAGCCUCCAUUUCACUGACACCCUCACACAGGCUCAUCUCAGUGGGGGAAAGGCUGUCUGUCAAAUACCUCAGUGAUAAUCCUAAGGAAGACUCAGGUAACUCAGCCUGGAGCUGAAGUGGCGGUGAAGACUGCCCAGGGUAAGGGCUCCAGCGCUGCUGUCACAGCAGCUGAUCCAAUAGCUCCAUGCUCUUCUGUCUGUCUCCUCAGCCACUCUCACAGCUUCAUGGAGGACAAUGUGGAACCUAAUUGGCUGAUGCGCCAUCGGCAGUCUGUGGGAUGGCAUGGCCAGAUGUCCAGAG